AUGGUACCACCAAGACCCACCAAUAGAACACCAUCACGUCCUCUGUCGGACGUGACAGCUCCCGAGAGUCAAGUCAGCUUGCUGCUGGAGGAGGAUCUGAAUCUUGCCGGACACCCUGUUGUGAACAAUCGAGCUGCAAUUCGGGUCAAGCAAGAACGGCAGCUCCACCGAGAAAUGCUCAAGUUCAUGGGUCGUCCCUACUGGGUUAGAUCCAGUGCCUGGACUCUUCCAAUGGCCAUGCUUGUCGGUGUCAUCUUGGGAGUGUCCUCCUUUUGCCUACUGCAAUCCAGCACCUUUUUCCGACUGCACCCCAAACCCAACACAGAACACCUUGGCAUGGGAUUCUCUCUCCUGCUACGACUGACAUUGGGUGGAUUUCUCGCGGGAAUUUGUCUCUAUGCCCUUCCAUCCUCGCCACGCAUCAUUCGACAUUUCUACCAUGAUUUGGUCGACCUGCAAUUGGAUCCAAACCGCAAGCUAUAUUCGGCGAGAGAAGCCUUUUGGUUGGUCUUUGGGGGAUGGAUUUUGCUGGCAGCUGGAGCUCCUCUAGGACCUGAAAUGGUCUGGACGGCUUUUGCAAGCCUACUCGUGACAAUCUUUCGAACACAUGGGGGAUUCUCCAAACGAUACCAUCGACGAACCGUGGCCAGUUGGCUACAAGCAGCUCUAGCUGCCAGCUUGGCCUGUAUCAUGCCGUCACUGCUGGGAACUUUAGUGGCUGUUUUGGAAUUGACAAUUACAGCGCGUCCACACGACAUGACACUGGAUGCCGCCCUAUUGCAAAAACGAGCACCCAGUCAAACAAAUCAUAGCAGCAAUGACAACGGCAACAAUGAAACUGCAGACAAUAAUCCACAGUUGCAAGCACCAUUGAUAUCCAGUCAAGGAACCAUCUAUCGACCCAGUCGCCAUCUGUCGUCUUUGGAACAUGACUUUAUGGAACUGCUAUUCCUCUCGACAAUCAUGGCUGUGUGUGCCUCCACGGUGCAUGUCAAGCUGCACGAAGUUGUGGGAAAACAAUCCAAUGUUUGGCAAGACUUUCAGCACACUCUAUUGCCCAACCCACAGGGUACCAUUGCCGUACAUUAUCUAUUGGCAAUCCCCUUGGGUAUCGUUGGUGGAAUCAUUGGUACUUUGACACUACUUCUGGCAGCCAUGAGUCGACGGAUACGGUCCAAAUUCUGUCGUGUCAACAACAACAACAAUAAGCCGUCCAAAAAAGCACAAGUCUUCUUGUCUGUCGUGGCGGGAGGCGUAGUCACCUCACUUUGUUUGCCUCAACUGGAAUGGAUGGACCUGACGGAAGGUGCCAGUGAUGGAAGUCUUUUGAGUCUGGAGCUAUUACGGCACCAAGACUCUAUCGGUGCCUGGACCCUGGUGAUCAUUGGACUCUGCCAAAUUGUCAUUCUGGUGGUUUCCUUGGGUUUUGGAGGGUGGUUGGGUGGAGUGAUAUUCCUUCUCACCAGUGUGGGGGUAUGUUGCGCUCUGGUGACAUCCAAAUUGUUCCUGGCUCUUCCAAUGUCAUUGGUGGUUCCCUGUAGCAUUGCAUCCGUGAUUGGGUCCAUCAUUCCCGUUCCUUUUGCAAUAGCUAUUUCAUUGGUUCAACUAUUUGGCUUGCACGUUGAGAAUGGUGGGCCUGUGUUGGUAGCAGCACUUGUUGCACACGGUGUAACAGGAGGUUUGGGGCUGACGCGGUACUGUGGACGAAGAAUGAGUGGACUGCGGAGCGGAUACAACUCUGAAGAGGAAGAAGAGGAGGAGCUCGUGGAACAAUUCUCUCUUAUUCCCACAGAUGAUGAAAUAGUAAGGGAUAUCAGGUCGCAGAUAUUUGGAAGGGGGUCGUUGACGGUAUGA